UCUAGGUGGAAUCAUUUGGGAGGAGCGCGCGUUCCAGAAACUACAGUUAACGCUAGUUUGUAAUUUUAAAGCGCGUCCUUUUGGCUCACCGGGCAUUAAUGUGUUUCAGCUCAGCGUGUAAUGGUGUUAAAAACCAACUUUUGGACUGGUGAAGGCAUUUCAGAGUUCCGCGGCUCCCCCCAAUAACCAAAUUUACGUGUACGUAAAUUUCACUUCUAGCGAUGACAUUGACAGCUGAGAGCAGCUCCCCAGGUGUCACUACCGGAUUUAUUUUGACCUUUAGGAUGAGAUAACCGCAUUGCGUUGACUGUUUUUGGUCAGUCCUCGUAUAAAUUAAAAAAAUUUGUAUCAUUAAAAAAUCAAAUUAAAUUAAAACAUGGCUCUACUUUGCGGAAGUCUUUUCAGGAGCUGUCACUUCAGUUUGCUUUCGUCGCAUCUUAUCGGGAACCUCCGGGUAUGCACACGAGCUGUUUACCCUCAGAGCAGUCGGCGAAAUACCAUAAGCACAUCUGUACGCUUGAGAGCUUCUUUGACUGGACGGACAACGAGUUAUCAGAUUUACUCCAAAGCCACUGCUCCUCUUCCCUGUGGUCCUGUCCUGACCCCAUGUGGACACUACUUCCACACUUCUGCCCGCCUGAGGGCCCUGCCUGCUCCCCUCAUUUGGAUGAUAAUCAAACCUCUGCAAAAGAUUAUGGCUAUAAUACUGGGCAGGAGCAUAAGGAAGUGGUGGGUGGCCUUACCAGACAAACGGCAGCAGCUGGUACGCAAAUAUGCAUGGCAGAAGCGCUGGCAAAUAGCAGGGGGUGCAGGUGUUGCUAUUAUGAUUGUAGCCCUCUUCCUCCUAACGCACCUUGACGAGUCCCCUCUGACAGGACGGACCCGCCUUCUUGUGUUCAGUAAAGAGAACUACAUGGAGAUGGCAGCUCUGACUUCAGAUGCGUACAUGGAGGAGUAUGCAGAGCUGCUUGUUCCAGUCACUGACCCUCGUCACCAGGUGGUGAAGUGGGUGGUGCAGCACCUGGCACAAAGGAACAAGGACAUCCCUGAAGUGAAUGACAUCAGCUGGACUGUCCAUGUGGUGCAAAGUCCCAGCGUUAAUGCCUUUGUACUACCGAAUGGAAAUGUCUUCAUGUUUACUGGAAUGCUGGAAGCCAUUGCAGAUGUUCACCAGCUCACUAUUAUACUGGGACACGAGAUGGCUCAUGCCUUACUGGGACACGCUGCAGAACAGGCCAGUAUGUCUCAUGUCCUGGAGCUCCUGUCUGUUGUUCUCCUGAUAGCCAUCUGGGCCAUGUGUCCUCACGACAGCCUGUCAAUGCUGGGACACUGGGUACAGGGCAAGCUUAGAGAGCUGCUGUUUCAACGCCCUUUCAGUCGGAAACUGGAGGCUGAGGCAGAUCAAGUCGGAUUGCAAUUGGCUGCUAAGGCAUGUGCCGAUGUGCGAGCAGGACCUGUAUUCUGGCAGCAGAUGGAACUCAGAGACCAACUAUCAGGAGAGCCCACCUUGCCUGAAUGGCUGUCCACACACCCAUCGCACAGGAACAGAGUAGCUCAGCUGGACCGUCUCAUACCAGAGGCUCUGGAGCUGAGGGAAAGAUGCGUCUGUCCUGCUCUGCCUGCUACUGAUCCUCGUGAUGUUUUCUCCAAGAGCGUCCGUGUGUUGCUGAAAAACACCAGGGAGUGAAGGGCCAGAGAGGGGAGAAAAACCUGUGUUGACCCACAGCCCCACCUCAGUCCCCACAAGACUGCCUGCAGCAUUCAUUGCCCAAACUGCACUUCCUUCUUCCCCAGAUGCAGAUCAUUUAAGCAAAGGCCCAUCCCAGCUGCAAUUCCAGAGAGAGUUAUGGCAGCCCGUGCCACUGCUACUGCUGCAGAGGAGGGAUCCCAGCACGUAUUGCAGAGCACCAGCUGACAGGGGUGUUAAAUCAUCACCAACUUCCUUGAAUAAACUUGACUGACUAUAGUGGAGUAUGAA